CCUACCUUGCCUAUUUCGUCAAACCUAUCUCAAUGCUAAAAAAAUAAUAUUGCGUGAAAAGGUAUGACUUGCGCCCAGAAAACUUCAUCCCGUUCUGUCCGUUUAUGUCUUGAGAUUGAGCAUCUUCUGUGGAAGCAGGUGUUCAUCCAUGGUCCCUUUAGUUUAGCAUGAGGAUAUUAGCAGCUACAAUUAGCGUAUUCCUUGUUUCUUUCUUCAUACAUUCUAUUGCCUUUGAGGUCAAUGAGUUUUUUCCAGGUGAACGAGAUGCUCUGAUGCAACUGAGAGAUGUUGUGAACUCCACUUACAAUCUGCACGCAAAUUGGACAGGCCCACCAUGCAGCGACAAGAAUCAAAGCAGGUGGGCUGGAAUUGGCUGCUCGGAUUGGCAUGUAACCCAUUUGGUCCUCGAAGGAAUAGAGUUGACUGGUUCUCUCCCAUCCAUGUUCUUACAGAACCUCACGUUCUUGACCAAACUGAGUUUCAGAAACAAUUCACUGCAUGGUCCCCUCCCCAAUCUCACAAAUCUACUCCACCUGGAAUUUGUUUUUCUGUCAAGAAAUCAAUUCUCUGGUUCCAUACCCUCUGAUUACAUAGACCUGUCCAGGUUAACCAAGUUGGAGCUACAAGAAAAUGAUCUUUCAGGUCAAAUUCCUCCGUUUGAUCAGCAAUCCUUAAUUGCUUUCAAUGUGUCCAACAAUAAACUUGAAGGUCCGAUCCCGAUGACUCCUGUGCUCCAAAGAUUUCCAAAGAGCUCUUAUGAUAGCAAUUCAGAUUUGUGCGGGGAGAUUCCAGGAUUAAGCCCUUGUGCAAUUUCGGUUCCUCCUCCAGUUCCAGGCAUUGCCCCUGCUCCUUCUCCGUUUCCAUCAAGAAAGGAAGAUCACGGUGUCCUCAAAUCGUGGAGCAUUGCUCUAGUUGCAGCAGGCGCUGCUGCUGUUCUUGUGUUUGUCAUACUGAUGUUUCUCUGCUGUCGUAAAAGAGUUUGCGGGGAAAAAACAAAGAAGCAACAAGAACAGAGAGGAGAAGUUGAUAUAGACCGUAGAGGAAAGCGAUCUCAGUGGUCAGGGAGUACAGAUCAUGAUACAGAAAAAAGUCUGGAGUUGGAGUUCUUGGACAGGCCCACAUUCGACCUGGACGAGUUGUUGCGUGCUGCGGCUCAAGUAAUUGGAAGAGGAAAAUUGGGUACCACCUACAAGGCCAUGCUUGAAUCUGGUUCUGUAGUGGCAGUGAAGAGGCUGGAAGAAAUGAACACAUUGAGCAAGAAGGAGUUUGUGCAGCAGAUGCGUCUACUGGGAAACAUUAAGCACGAAAACCUGGCGGAGAUAAUCUCAUUUUAUCACUCCAGAGAGGAGAAGCUAAUCGUUUCCGAAUAUGUAGCCGAUGGCAGUUUGUUCAGCUUGCUCCAUGAGAAUAGAGGAAUGCGAUUGGAGUGGAAAACAAGAGUAUCCAUCAUCAAAGAUGUAGCAGAGGGCGUGGAGUUGCUUCAUCAGUGCUUGGCUUCCCAUCAGAGGGUGCCCCAUGGAAACCUCAAGUCCUCCAAUGUUCUCAUUCAACGUGGAGACCACAUUAAUCAUGUCCGGGUUAAGCUGACAGAUUACGGACUGUUACCUCUAGUGCCGGUGCAUAAGCUUUCUGUGAGAAAAACACCGGAGUUCGUAGAGGGGAAGAAGGUGACGUGGAAGGCGGAUGUGUACUGCUUCGGCAUCCUAGUAUUAGAAAUCUUGACGGGCAAAGUUCCAAGAUCAGGUAGAGGGGAACAUAGGGAUCUUUCGGGUUGGGUUAGGGCAGCUGUUGAUAAUGAGUGGUCGACGGAUAUAUUGGAUGUGGAAAUACUUGGGGAGAAGGAAGGGUAUGAUGAAAUGUUGAAACUGACGGAGAUAGGGCUGGAGUGUACGGAUGUGUUGCCGGAGAGAAGGCCUACCAUGAGUCAGGUUUUGAGUAGAAUACAAGACAUUAAAAACAUUACAUCUCAUCAAUAUCAAUAAGUUAGACAAGCAGUGAAGCAGCACCACCACCAAUCCAUCAUUAUCAUCACCCGCGUCUUCUUUAAUUUGUACGCACCAAGUCUGUCCUAUUCUUCAGGAAUGCUCAUUUAAUUCAAUUCAUUAAUUUUCUUACCAAUUAAGUCUUUGUAUAUAGUUAUGAUUCUAUAUUUAUGUGGUAAAUAAAAGGAAAAAGUGCAAUUAUCAUUCACUAAGUUAUGGGUGACGACACUUUUGGUCCAGUUCCAUUUGAAAAGUGUAGUUAGAGAUUGGGAUUCUUUAAAAAUGACGAUUUUAAUAUGAAAAGCCUCAAUUUGGCCAGAAUUUCUCAUAUGGGCAGCACGAGACCAUAAAAAAUUGGAGAUUGUUAAACAUUUUCGCUCACAUUUAAUUACGUGGCAAAAAUAAAUCUGACCAAGCUGAUGUGUCAAAGUGACGUGUUAAACAUCAACCUUGCCACCUCACCUAUGUUU